UGGGUAAAAGCUCUUAGGAUGCCUGAUGGAUAUUCUUCUAACUUGUCAAGGUGUAUUGAUGUGAAUAGGGGAAAGCUCAUUGAGAUGAAAAGUCAUGACUGCCAUGUGUUUAUGGAGUGCUUACUUCCUAUAGCGUUUAGUUCUUUACCGUCUCAUGUUCUCAAUCCCAUUACAAAGAUAAGUCAUUUCUUUAGAGUUUUGUGUUCUACUACAUUGAACAAGGAUGACCUAGCAAAGAUGGAAGAAAACAUUCCAAUCAUUUUGUGCAAGAUGGAGAGAAUAUUUCCUCCCUCAUUCUUUGAUUCUAUGGAACAUCUCCCUAUCCAUCUUCCAUAUGAGGCACGACUUGGUGGACCAAUCCACUAUAGGUGGAUGUACCCAUUUGAAAGGUUCAUGGGAUAUGCUAAACGUUCAGUAAAGAAUAAAGCUAGGGUUGAAGGAUCUAUUUGCGCAUCAUACUUGCAUAGAGAAACAACUCAUUUUUGUUCUCACUAUUUCAAAAACUUCAUGUUAACACCACAAAGCAGUAGAAAUGAAGUAGACAUUCAAAUAGAAAGCUUUACGACAACAUUAUCAGUGUUUGACCAACCUGGCCGUCAUUCUGGGAGGGAAUCAACACAUUGGGUAAAUGAUGAAGAAUUGAGAUCAGCUCAUGUUCAUGUAUUGAUCAAUUGCAAUGAAGUUGAACCUUACCUUGAGUAAGCCUCCAAAAUCAAU